AGUAUAACUAAAAACAACUACCCAGCUUUCCUCCAUCUUCACAAUAAUGGACAGAGCUCCCCUUCACCUAGUUCUUCUCCUUCUCCUCACAGUCACUACUUUUCCACUCACACUCUCAAUAUCUCCAGACCACUUCUUCAGGCCAUCAUCAGCGGCGCCUAAAUCCACUCUUUCUGGACUCGAAUACAAAGAAUUCUUCGAGAUAAUCCAUCCUCUACCGUCUGAUCAUUUGAAACCAUCAUGCGCUCUUCACAUCAUCCACCACACCUUCGCCAACACCGUCAACCGUCCUCCCUUCUCCACCCCUUACUCUCCACCCUCCGAUUGCCCACCUCCUUGGCGCCACGUCUCUCUCGAGUUUCGCGCCAAUUCACGCGGCGACCAGUACGAUCGCAUCUCCGGCUUGUGGCUCGGCGGAGCUGAGCUGCUCCGCACCAGCACCGCUGAGCCGACGGAGUCCGGUAUCUUCUGGAUUGUUCGAAAGGAUAUUACUCGUUAUUCCUCUCUCCUCUCGAAGACAAACAUCAACUUCACUAUCAUGCUCGAAAAUGUCGUUAAUAGCGUCUACACCGGCGUUUACCAUGUCGACGUCACUAUCUUCUUCUACAAGGAUGCCGCCGUUAGGGCUCCGGUGACUGGGGGUGAUCACAUAAGCAUUUUCCCUAAAGACGGAGGAUUUGGAGCUAAGGGUUUAUAUGAAUCGCCGGCCGAUUUGAUAAUUCCGAUAUCUUCAUUUCGUGAUAGUAAAGGGUAUUGGUUUAUAAUCGAAAGGGAUACAGAUGUUCAUUUCAGGAAAUUGAGAUUCCCAGACAACACACGCAGAGCCGUUUUGGAAUUGUACGUGUCGUUUCAUGGAAACGACGAGUUUUGGUACUCUAAUCCAUCGAAUAAUUACAUUAGAAUGAACAAUUUGACAACUUUGCGUGGGAAUGGAGCGUUUAGGGAGGUUUUCGUGACAAUUGAUGGGAUGUUUGUAGCCUCAGAAGUUCCAUUUCCAGUUAUUUUCACGGGUGGGAUUAAUCCUCUGUUUUGGGAACCUACAGUGGCAAUUGGUGCAUUUGAUCUUCCUACGUAUGAUUUCGAUUUGACCCCACUUUUAGGGGUUCUUUUGGAUGGAAAAGAUCAUGUGGUUGGAGUUGGUGUUAGUGAUGGCAUUUCUUAUUGGCUUGUUGAUGCUAAUUUGCACCUUUGGUUGGAUAUUGGAGCAGCUAGUGUAGAAGCUAAAUCUGUGGUUUAUCAUAAUCCUGGUUCCUCCAUAAAACGACAAGAAGAGUUCAGAAAUCUUGAUGGGUCGUUUUCAAUCAAGGGGAAAAGGAAAACACAGCUGGUGGGGUGGAUUAAAUCAAGCGCAGGUAACUUUACUACUACUGUUAUGCAUCAGUUUAAGUUCAGGAGCUCAAUAAGGUAUGGGAAGAAUGGGAAUUAUAAGCAAGCUAGACAGGAUAUGAAGUCUACUAGAGAAGUUAAAGUGAUGAAUGAAAUGGGUAGAUUGCUUACUCGAAUAACUAUUAAAAGAACUUAUCCUCUCAAAGUGGUCACUUUGAAUCUGCCUGGAACUAAGAAGGAUACCUAUAUGCUUAUUACAAAUGUUUCUCAUUCUUUGAUUGACACUUAUUCGUAUGGAAAGUUUUCUAGCUUUGUUCACAACAAACAGGUUGCUAAUGGUUGGAUGGAGGUUAAAAAUCAUGAUGUUAUAGCAGGCGAAGCUGUCACUAACCAAACUUUAAUUUCCAGGGAUGAGUCUGGUUGCUAUGUUCGUACUGUUGCAGCAAUUGGUGGCAGCCUUAUAAUAGACAAUUCAACCUAUGGCUGUCCAUCCUUUUUCUAAUAUUCUUUGGCUAUGUUAAUUUCAUUUUAGGUUGUUCUUAUUCUGAAAUCUCCAAAUAAUGUGCCUUCUGUAUCUGUCUGUAUUUAUCAAUCUUUUCUGUGAUGUAAUUUCCCAUUGUUUAAUACAUUGCAAGAUUUCUUCUUUGA